AUGUAUGAGCAGAGGCUGCUGUUUGUGAGUAGGAGUUUUACAGCAAAUAGAGAAUCCUUAGGCUGUGUUUAUAUUGCUUUAUCUCAAAUAUGAACGGUGUAAUAACAGCGUGAGCAGCUAUUACUCUGUUUGAAAUCUUUCAAGAAAAAAAAUUCAUCUCACAGAGUUAUCAUGUGCAGUAUAAAAAUGAGGAAGCUCUCACUUUCAUAGGCACACGUUAUCUUUUAACAAGCUCGUCUCUCUGUGCUCUCCCCACAGCUGCCAUGCUGCCCAGACUUCCUUUCUAUAUCCUCAUUUCUUUGCCAGCUCUCCUAGUGCAGGCCAGCACUGCAGAUUCAUCCAAGAAGAGUCCUGCUGCCAGCCCCCCAAUCGCCCCCUGCCCCUCUCAGUGACCCCAGCUGGGCCCUGGGUCUGCGCCUGUACCAGGGCCUCUGCACAGAUCCCAGCUCUGUGAACACCCUCUUCUCCCCUCUGCUUGUGGCCUCCUCACUCACUGCUCUGGAAGAUGGGUCAACAGGCACCACUGCAAGCCAACUCCAAGACCUCCUGAAGACCCCCUCUCCAGCCAAGAAUGAGGCUGACUCUGGUCUGGUUCUCUCUGGGAUGCUAAAGCGCUUCAUUGAAGCUAAUGGGUCCAGCUUUCACCUGCACACAUCCUCAGCUCUGUUCUCCAAGAAUACCCCUCAGCUCAACCAGGACUUUGUUAAGGACAGCAAGACUAGAUUCAGAGUGCAGCAUCAGCUGCUCGCAAAAGGAGACUUCAAGGCUGACCUGAAGCAGGUCCAUAGCUGGGCUAAAACUGGGCUUGGUGGGCUUGAGGGAGCUCCUUUAGCGGCUGAAAUCCAGGCUAAGAUUGGUGCACUUUUCCUGGCCAAUGCAGUGCGUUUCAGGGGUGAGUACGCCACACCAGCAUGAAUAGAGAUCCUUCUUUCCGGCUUCCAACAAGGCUGUUGUUUUGAAAAUACUAAUCCUGUAAAAGAACAUGUUACUUUUUUGUGAAAAAAAAAUCAGAAGCAGACAGGCGUCCACACAGAGCUACUUGUCAGGGCCCUGGGAUAAUGAAAUCAUCUAAAAUAUGAUAUUAUUUGAAAAAUGUGAGAGAAUAGUCAUACAAAAGUGGACGAACAUUAAAUUACCCUGUAGCCAACUGAAUAUUUUAUUACACAGCAUGGCUGAUUGGUUGCAAACAUGCUACAUGGAGGCUGGACUGGACUGAAUCAUGCUAAAAUAGCCUGCUGUGCUCUGCAAUUGUGGAGUCAUUUGUAAUUAUGCAAUGUCUCAUUACUGAUGUUUUGUGCUAUUGCAUGAGAAGUCUUCCAAGUUUACCCUUUUCAGUGUUCAGACAGCAGUGAGAGCUUCCACGCCAGUUUGCCUUCUACAUUGUGUGUGCCAGCAUGCCCACCAGUGUGCAUGUCUGCCUGUUUCUGUGUGUGUGCAUGCGUGUUGGACUCCAGCUGGUGGACACAGCAGAUAAAGAAUGAUUCUGGGGUCCAUCACUGAGAGCUUAUUCAUCUUCCAUUGGGGGUGAUGUGUCAUCUUAAAUAAUUGAGUAACAAGUGUCCAGACUCUCUCCCUUGGUGUCAUGCCUAACAUCUGUGCUUGGAGCACUCCACGUCUGCAGCAGCACAACUUGGCUCAGUUCAGCUCUUUGUGACGGUCUGCAGUGGUGGAAACUAGUCAGCGUUUCAUUUUAGAUGCUGUAGUUAGUGGCCCCAUCUGUCUUUAAGAGUUGCAGCCCAAAAUCAUGUUCAUAUUAUUCUUAUCUAAAAAUUCAUUUUUAUUCUUCAUUGUCAGGCCUUUGAAUGUGCAGUGUUGAGCAUUUAGCUGCUUUGAAGACUUGUAGAAAUGGAAUAUGAGCUUUAUAUGUUUAAAUGAGUGUUUAAUUACCUUAAAGUAUUAUACAAUAGGAGUAUUAAAAUGUUUGUUUCUUAAUUGUAAAGUUGGAACAAACUUCUGCUAUUUAGACAAGCAGGUCCCCGUCAUCAGAGACAACCAUCUUGCACUACCAUCCUCCUACAAUAUUAUAAAACAAACUAACUUCUCUUCCAUUUGUGUUUUUGUGUGUAGUGAGUGGCUGUCUGACAUGCACUGUUGUAAUGUGCAAAAUAAUUUUGAUUACUUGAAUUUUUUUAUGGUAAAAACUUGACAAAUGGAGGAUCAUACUUCUCCCAGGAGCUUCUUGUCCUCUAUGGCCACUGUUGCUUUAGGGGAGGGAUUGAGAAGGGGAUGAUUUAAUAUGGGAUCUAACCUCUAGAUAUUGCUAAAUAUUCCCAUUUGUACACACCCAACCCUUUUUAAAGGACACAUACUUGACCUUAUAUGGUUGAGAAAGGGUUUUAGUAUUUUUUUUAUUCACAUCAAAGACUUAUCACAUAGCUUCAUUUUUCCAUUUUCAUGUCAACUUCCAGGAACUUUAUCUACCAUCUCCCUCUUUCUUAAAGCACAGCCAGCGUUUGCCUGCUGAUGUAGAAUCUAAUUUUUGUUUGCACUCUUCACAAAAGAUGAUGUGUUAAAUAUAGCCUCCUGUUUCACUCGUUCUUUUUGUGGCAUUUGUCACUUUUUGUGCUUUUGUCAUUGUUCAUCUUGUGUCUAAUCUGCCCCUGUCCCCUCAUCCUCUUCUUCGUCUCCUGUUCACAUCCUUAUCUGCUUCUAUCUGCCUCUUCUCCUGCUGUUUCCUCCUGCAGGUAUUCUUUUUAUUCCUGCAAAAAGGCAAUGCUGCUGAAGUGAAUACAGGAUGCCAACAGAUAGACAGUCUUUUGAAAGUAACAUUCCCUGACAGACUAUAUAUUUGAUAAGCAAUUUAAUUAAUUUUCUUUGUUUGAUGUUUGACUUCAUUACAAAAUUAGUUUUUCUGUGAACCGACCCUCGUUGGUUGAUUCAUUAAUUUUGUGGAGGAAAUAUACAAAUUAGAUUAUACAGCAGAUUGCAGCACACAAAUUAGAUUACUGAAAAUUGGAUUUCUUUAGUUUUGACUCAUAAUUUAAAAGUGGUCGAUAGUUUGCCUCCUGCUCUUACAAGCUGCCUCUGGGUUAUUGGAACUUUCUAUUGUCUUUCAAUUUGAGCGUGCUAAGGCAGUUCACAGCGUGCAAUAGUAUUAAGGUUUUAGAGGUUGUGCUGAAAUUCUGUUGGGAAUGAAAAGGGUUUUGCCUCAUCGUCUGUUUUAGUUGGCUCCACUUUUGUUUCCUGUCAUUUGUUGUUGGGAAUAAAAGUUCUUACGCAGCAGUGUACAGCUUUUGGUAAGACUGUUAACUGGAUUCAAGAAAAGGAAGGUCAGAGGAGAUAAAUAGAGUGUAAGGUUGUGAAAGAUACAAGUAACACAGAGAAUAGCAAAAGGACUGCAGAAAAGAGUUGUUCAAUAAGAGAUUUCUGGACAAAGAGAUACAGGGCAGGAAAAGAAGGGGGAAACCUACAGAUUAAAAAUGGAGAAAAGAGAAGAGAAGGUGGCCUGCUGAGAGCAUAAAAGAUUGACAGACAUGGUAGAGGGAUGGAAAAGACCUACCUUGGGAGUUCCAGUCCACAUUAGUUAAUUAAUUCAGGCUUUGUUCCUGUUUUAGACUAAACUAACACCAGAGACAGAAGAAAAAAAAUAAGAUUGUGAAGGGGGAAAAAGCAACAGAGCGAACUCACACACAAGAUAGCACAAAUACAUGGGCAACUACAGGAGGAAAUAAAAGUCAGAGAGAAGUUGGAGAGAACAACAAGUCCCCACAUAUUUAACCUCGAAUAAUAGCUUCUGAAACACCACAACUCCUUGUAAUCAAAAGUUGAUGAGGGAUGAGAGGGAGCAAGUCAGUCUCAUUGAUUCUUUUCUGGUUUUCGCCCUAAGUUUACAGUAGGAACAGAGGAGAUCUGAUCUCAGUGAUUGGAUUUCUUUGCUGUGUAAUUGUUUCAUUCUUUUAUGCUGAUAGAUUUGAAUGGAUUCUAGUUUUUAUUGAUGUCUUUGCUGUGUCCUAUAAAAUAAGAUAAUGUCAUUAAAACCUGAACAAUCUCUGAUGUCUAGACACAAGCUCACAGUGCCACACACACACAGAUCAACCGUCUGACUGGUGAGGUCAUGAAAUCUCACUUCCUUCCUUUACAUUGAAGUAUGCACACACUGUGUGGAAAUUAUUCAUCAUUGUGGUAUGUUUUCAACAGCAUGGCUGCCACUUCAGGUAACCUUCAGCCAGUUGUAAAAUUCCAAUGUGAUCACAUUACACUCUCUGAUGUUAAAGGAAGCAAAGUGACUGACUGACUUGCACCAACAUGUCUGGAAGGGAAACUUGCGUGUCAUUUUGCUGUUACUUGUGAUAGGCUGAGAUCCAGGGGGGCUGGGUGGUCUUUGGGGAAAGCUACUGUUAGAGUUGAAAACAUACAUGCAGGAAUUUGAAGAAUUCCAAGAAGUUUAUUUUUUUACUUCAUGUUUGAUUUUCCAUUUUGUUGUGAAGGCUACUUGUAAACUGUUUCAAGCAGCGGAGUCAUGUGUUUCUUUUUUAUUCAGCAGAUAGUGAAACAGUUCAACACCUACCAGACACCCUGUACAUUGUAGGGAUGGGGAGACUGAACGAUUCACAUCCAUACAUGAGUACAUGCAAACACGGGGCAAGUGCAAUGCUAAAGCAGCUGUGUAAAAAUACAAUUUUUGAAUGAAAUCUAGAUGCAUUGUUUAAACCACAGACUGUAUAAUUACUAGAUGUUGCAUCAGUGACAUUAACCAUUUGUUUCUAAAGCAGAGUUUUGAAGCCAAUCAGUGGCGGUCGCCAUAUUGAUUAUACUUUCUCAAUCAAACAUUCGGUCAGCAGAUUAGAGGUAGACCUUUACCCUCCCCUUACAUGGCUACAGUGUGCCUGCCUGUCAGUCACGUUAGCUGUUCACCGAUGGAACCAGGCUGUUGACGAGUUUAUUCUUGCUCUGAGAACUGGCUGUUUUGGCUCAGAGCGUUUGCGGGUUUUGGUGCUUCUGCAGCCAGCCUCAAGCAGACACCCAGAGAACUGAUGUUUUAUGCAGUUCUGCAUUAGCUUUAUUUCUCAAAACUGGAGGUUGCCAGUUAGUAAAAAUCAGUCUAUUUGGGACUAGAUGUUGCAUCCACUGACUUAGAAAUGUGGUGGUUACAGUAAUCAGAUAUUUUGUCUUUUACUUUUAUUCAAUUCCUCCUGCAUUUGACCCAUGUUAUGUUUAGUUGAGUUUGGAAUAUUAACUCCUGUAUUGGAGAACAGGGAACACUACUGUGUUUGCAGAGGGACUGGUGACUUGACUAAUCAGAUGCAGUUUGCUAAAUUUGUUGUGCUGCUCUUAAUGAAGUAGCAGUCACACCACCUAGCUGAAGUAGCUAGGUGGUGUGACUGUGGAACAUCUACUAGUGUCCUGGUGUUCCCCUCUGGUUUGGGUUCAUCUGCAGCAAUAAGACCCAAGAGUAGUGAGUGAAGUACUGCUAGUUUUUCCAUGCCCUGCAGGCUAGUGACUCCUUCUGGUCAAAGUCAAUAAGUGACAGCAAAGCCGUCUUUAUUUGUACAGAUUUCAAGCCUUAGACUUUUAAUUCAAGAUGAUUUUUUUUCUUCCAAUUGUAACAGUAAAGACCUUUUUUUGAAAGGUUAUCUUGUUUUUUUGUUGUUCAUAAAAUAGAGGUAACACUUACACUUAAAUACUCUUAUUAAUCUUGAGUGUCUGUAGUUCUGUGUUGAGGUGUAGUAAAAAUGUACUGUCCUGUAAACUUCAAACACACAAAACACUUGGACAGAACUUAAAGAAAGGACUAGUUUGUAACAGCUCAUGAUUUUAUUUGAUUCAUAAAUAAAGAAGCUCAUUGAAUUGCACUGUAACUUUGUAUCAUUAAAUCACAUCAUAUCACAUCAAAUCACACUGUGUAGAAUCAGGUUGCAUUCUGUUGUGCUUCAUUAUGAUUGGUGUGUGAAUUUUAUUGUUUUAAUAGUUGCUGCACAUGUACCUUAAAAUGAUGUAGUGGGAUGUGUAUUUCAACACAACACGUGUGCUCCCUGACAUCAUGAAUCUCGUUUAUAUUAUUUUUCAUUUAGUGUAAUCAUAUAGUUGAUAAUCCUUAAUUUUAGUUGAUACAUCAUCCAAACAGUUAUUGAAUUUCUGAAUAAUCUGAAAGAUAAACUAUUUUAACUUUGUCAGGUUUUCUGCCAUCAGCUGCAGGUUUACUUUUAAACAAAAUGUGUAUGCUUAAGCUCAUGUUUACCAGCAAAACUCAUGACUUUCCCAGCAGCCUCAGCGACACUCAGCUUAGUGAGUAUGAUCAGCUGAUAUUCAGUUUAUGGGUAUUAUUUUUUUUUAUCAUUCUGGGAUAUUUUGAGAGUAAUGGGUUAUUUAUAACAUAAAAUGAAUUACAAGGCUCUUCAGCCUAUGUCCCAUUGUAAGUAUAUUGGUAAGGCUAGUCAUCACAAAACUUGCACCUUGGUACUGUACAAUGAAUGUUCUUUAUCAAAUGUUUAAUCAAUGAUAAAAAAUAAUUUUUAUUUGUGGCCCAAAACAGCUUUGGGUGUUAUUCACAAAGAGUCCAAGUCAUGAUCUUUUGACCUUCUGGUUCGAUCAUAGACUGUAUAUUCUAUGGACAACUUGGUUCUGCCUACCGCCUCUAUAUGGAUUUGAAGCCAAAAAGCUCAAUAUUUCUGGGAAUUUUCUUCAUUUCCUGAAACCAGCGCUGCGCAGUAGCGAUGCGCGCAUUCGACCGCGCAGUUGCUGAGAGUCGCUGUGAUGACGCUCGGCUCAAACAGCGUAUCCCCCGGCUGAGCUACACAAUCCCUGAACACCCAUAGGCUGUAUCAGGUGUCAAUCAUAGAAAACAUGAACCCCCUAAUAACUUUUAAAAACGGAGCUUCACAGAAAAAAGAGGACUUGAGCACAAACCAGUCUUACAGUGACUAUAUGUCAACAUCACAAGGAGUGGGGAGAAAAAUGUAUGUUCUGUGUAAUACAUUUCUAAAGUUUGUCAACAGCCCCAUAAGCUUUGCUGGCGGAAGUGGGAUUUAUGACCUAUACUGCAGCCCAUCAACAGAGGGUGCUGUUCUCAGAGUGGCUUCACCCAGCGAGGAGGCAGACUCUGUCCAUUCUAUAUACAGUCUAUGGGUUCGAUACAGUGUUCUCUGCACUAUUGAAUGGGGACCAGCAACUUUGUGACAGUGUUGUGAGGUUAUUACAGUUGUAAUUCCACUGCUCUUAGCCUCUCCUAAAUUGACAGCUGUCAGGGGUUUAGCACCACUAUCCCUUUUUAAAUGGCCUCUGCAAAUACUGAUAAUGACAGUGGAGAGCAAAUAGCCGAUAUAAAAUGCUGAUAUGAUAUUGUUAUUUGUCUGCAUUAUACAAAGAAGAACAAUUUAACAGUAAGUACAAUUUGCUUUUCUUGAGCGGACCUUUCAUGAAAUAAGUUUAGAGGAGGCAAUAUUUGUCUCAGUGAAAUAUCAUCAGAACAGACUUCUGGACUGAAUUUAUAUAAAAAAAAAAAGACAAGGGGGACAUUGUGGUGAAAAUAAAAGAAGAAAAUCAUGUGUAAUUCCAUUACUCCAUGCACAUCACAUUCUCAUGCUCAUGGUUGUUUUAGCUUGCAUCAUGAUUCAAAUGGAUUUGUAAUGAAUUAAUGGAAAAAGAAAAUCAGAGGGGCAUGCUAUAGAUUCCUGAACAUCACUGCUACAUGUCAAAAGCAAUACCAAACCAUAUUUUUCUAUAUACCAGAACUGAAUUUAAAUAGCAUAUUUAAUUGAGUGUAGAUAAUUGUGAUAUUAGCCUUGUGAAGGCUGGUGCGCACGUGGAUAAAUUCAUAAUGCCAAAAAUCAGCGCACGUAAUCGGACGGCCGAGUAAUGGGUCCAACUUGACUCUCUACUGAGCAGUUUUGGGAACAGCUAGGAGACAUCUUUCAGUGGCUUGUAGACAUUGAUGAACUGUAAGCAUUUUUAGCCAGUGUCACUGCGCAUCAGGUCUAUCUGUAUUUAUGAACACGGCUUUGUUUAACCUAAUGUCCACCUUUUCACCUUCAUCAAUUAUUCAGUAUUUUCUUUAACAUCCUUUCCAAGUCGAGUAUACAGUAUCCAUGAUGAAUCCAUCCCCAAUGUUUGUUUGGCUGUUUGUUCAUGGCUGUGGGAGAGAGAGUUCAGCAAGGAGAGCACAGACCUUUGUACUUUCUUGGGUAAGAAAUACACCAAAGUGAUGAUGAUGCACAGAGCAGGUAAAAAAAAAAACACACACACAGUCUGUUGCAGUUGUUCUCCAUCCAAGAAAAUAAGUGCGGCAAAAAGCAAUUUAAUCCUAAAAUGGCUGGAACAUCUGUAAGGUCCAAUCUGCUUCCCUACUAUUUAUCACUGUGUACCUUAUGACUUAUUUAAUGUGCUUUUCAUAUUUUACGAAUUGUCUUAAAACAACAGCAAAGCAGAAACCAUGGAGGAAGGAUUGGGAGUAUUUUGCUUAAUAUUAUAUUACAGAGGCAUUUCUAAUUCAUUACAAUUUUAUUCAAUGACUUUAUUCAAUUCAAAUCCUGUCUACAUAUGCAUUUACACAGUGUUUAAAUGGGUCGGAUUUAACCUUGUUGUGUUUUCUCCUGUUUUUUUAUGUCUGUCUGUUCCAACCUUCAAAGGAAAUGUGUUGCAUUCAGCUCUUGUCCUCUUCUUAACUCUGUUUUCUUCAUCCCAAUCUUCUACCUGCCCUUUCCUUCAGGUUUGUACCAUAACUAUGAAGACAUUGAAAACAUGGUGCAGGUCCUGGAGGUGCCUCUAUGGGGAGGAAAGGCAAGCAUUGUGUUCCUGCUGCCCUUCCAUGUUAAGAGUCUGGCAAGGUUGGAGAAGCUCCUGACCGUUGAGCUGCUUUCAAAGUGGCUGGAAAAGACAAAUGUGACCAGUGUGUCCAUCUCACUGCCCACGGCAAACCUCACCAGCACACUCAGUCUGCAGGUCUGUAUCUGGUUUUAUUUAUUAUUGGUGAAUGAUUUUGAAAAAUACCUGCAAAUAGCUGUAGGUUUAAAGCUUGGUUGGUUUCAGCUGAAGAUCAACAUAAUAACAUGAGAGGAGCUGUCACCAUGUUUUGAAAUAAAUAAGGCCCUAGCUUCAAUAUGUUGCUUCAUGAUACCUUGAUGAUCUGAAAGUAUCCAGAUCAAAUUAUUCUUUAUCCACCGCAGUUUUACUGAAUGCUACACCCAAUUGCCCUAUGACAGACAGAGUGGUAUGUUUGUCUUGCGUAUUUGAGUAAUAGCUCAAGUAGUUUAUUGUUUUUCUGAAAGUUCGAGUUGCUGAUCAAUGAGGCCCCACUGGUUCUUUUGACUUAACCCCCGACACACUGUACCACAUCUCUAAAAGCUGGUUCCAUGUCAGGGUUAGACCUCAGUGAGGGAACUUACUUUCUGUUAAUGGUCCUGCUCAAGUUAAACCUUUUGUAAAACGAAAGGCUAGACAGAACUUAAAAUUCUGUCUGGAGAAAAAGACUGUUGGUUUGUUUUUUAGUUUCUCCAACACCAUUGUAUUUUUCAAUGAUAUAUUUAUUUUUAAAAACUUUUAAAUGGCUCAUUUGACUGGUCUAGUAUAUGCUUUGUGUCAUAUGCAUUUAAAUUACUUUACAACACAUCUUCAUGCUUUUGGUUUUCUAGGUUUUAUACUUUUCAGGAGACUAUCAGAAACACAGAUUAUUAACAUGGAACUUUCGAUCACAGAGGAGAAGAAGAACCUCUAAUUAAAUUCUCACUCUUGACUGAAGGAGCAGCUCAGCUUGCUGCCCCCUGUGAACUGCACGGUCUCAAAAAUUAACUUCAGAGAAAAACCUUUUCAAAACAUGAAACUGAAUUAAUCAGCGUUUAAGCUCAUUAGAAAGGAAUACUGUCUUCAAACUGGGACGGAAAAGGACAGACUGUGACCACAUUUUGCUGUCUGAUAAGUUACACUCAAUGCUAACACUACGAGCACAUCACUGUUCUCUGUGAUAAAUUACUUUGAUUCAGUUUGUACUAAGGUUGCACGAUAUUGGAAAAAACUAACUUUGCGAUUUUUUUCAACCCUGCGAUAUAUAUUGCGAUAUUAAAAAAUACUAGAAUUUUCACCAGAUGACCUGAAUAGCACUUAAUGUUAUGCUGCACUGCUGAAAUUUUAAGGACAGUUAACCUGCACUGAUCUUACCUCUUUUUGUGAAUGUUAGUAGAGCGGCUUUUGUCUGUCUCAGAGAUAUUUUUAGCUUUUAUUGUGCUGGGAUGUUAUUGUGGCAACAGAUGAACACAGAAGACGUGUUUUGGUCGACAUCAUCCUUCUUUUAACCGAAAUAAUUCCAGAUAACUGACUUUUCUUUUCUUUUUGGUAACAAGACUUCAUCUUCUGUGGUUUUCUCUGUUUGUUGCUCAGUUUGCGAUCGUUGUUGUUGUUGUUGUUACUGGAGUUGUGCUGAGAAACGCAUGUCCUCUGAGAAUUGCAAGCACCUCACAAAACGCGCACUGCUUAAAGUAGAGUGGUCCACGGAAAUGUACAAUUUAAACCCAUACAGUUCUUAUUUGUUGGGCUAAACAGUGAUGAGAAUGAAAGUAAUUCUCAGCGGACACGCGUUUCUUGGUUCAACUCCGGUCGCGCCAGCGACUCACUCCAUGUGCAGGGGUGGGUUUCCUCCUCUCUGAUUUUGAUUGACAGCUGGCAGGGUAGUCUGAUUGGCAACUGAGUAAAGAACGAAGGUGAUUGGUGGAUCGCUGCAAAGCACAUGCAGAGUCACAUGCAGUGUAUCUCAGUCAGCUACCCUUGAAAUUAACUGAGUUCAUUCACCUCAGACAUCGCAGGCUCUGUGAUGUGACUACUGCACACACGUACAUCGCGAUGACGAUGCUCAAACGAUACAUCGUGCAGCCCUAGUUUGUACUUACUGGCAACUGAUGCCAUCUAGCCAACACCCAUGGUGACAGCAUGAUGCUGUUGAAUACUGUUAUGGAGCAGCAGAAAGAAAAUAUUCCACACAUGUAGACUAUUGUAGGGAUCAAUUAAAAUCUGAGAUUAUUCAAAAUGGCCCAGGAUUCUGGCACUUUACCAUUACAGCAUUUAGAGAAAAACAUUAGCAUUUCUGAUGGUUUGAUUGACAAUGAAGCAAGUAUGGGUUCAAGUCACUGUCCCCUAUUUCAGUCCUCAGCACAAAAGAAUGAAGUGAUCUCCUGGUUUAUCAGAUAUUUAUGAUUGGGCAGAGGAGAUGUGCUUGCUCAGCUUCAUUACACACUGGUAACAUUUUAUUACAGGAAUCCUGUUUAAAGCCUCAACUGUAGUUUUCUCUUCAUUCUUUUCUUUGUUUUAUUUCAUGUACCCAUGCUUUACAUCUGCUUUUCUUUAUUCUCUUCUGAUUUGGCCACCUCCUCUCAUUUAUUUGCAUGUGGUGUAUCUUGCUUUUGGGGUUACUGUGUAUUUUUUUCUUCUGGCUGCAGUUUUUUUCAUUCAAAUAUUUUUACUCCAUCCUAUUUGCCCUGUCACCUCCUCCCCCCUAGUAUGUGCGUCUUGUUGUUUUGCUUCAGUGCAGUGUUUUUCUCAUGUUAUUUCUUCCUCUGCUCCUUAGAUGCAUUCUUCACUUAACCUCGGUUUCUUGUCUCUUUCUCUGCCUCCUUGGAGCUUGUAGCAGCUGAACAAGUGGCCUUUUUUAGCCCCAUCUAGUUCAUUCUAGACUCCAACUCCAGUGAGUUCAAAUGUCACUCCUGCAGUUCUCGUCUCUUGGCUGGAAUGAUGGACAUCCAGCUGUAUUCACAGCAUUGAGCUGUAACGGUCUUCAGCAGGGAGUUUAACACUGACUGAUAGAAGGCCAAGAGGGGCUUGAAGACGACCACGACAUGUAGCUUUAAAACCUCCCAUGGCCCUGCUUUUGCUGGAGCACAAAGGUCAUACCACAGCCCUGCUGGCAGCUUGGCUCUGUCUGUGCUCUUGUUAAGUCCAGAGCCAGCAGGUAGCUGGUCUGAGUCAGAAAGAGAAAGCCAAUAGGAACAGCAGGCAAACAGGCAACAGCUGGGUGGCUUCUAAUGCUAAUGUUGUUGUGUGGGGGUUGUAGAGGUUCAGUUUAAAUAGAAAGCUGCUGAUUAGAAGGUUGUAAUGUUGUCUCUGUUGUGAAAAAGCAAGGAUUUGAUCUGGAAACAGAGUUAGUCGGACCACAUAAGCCCGCAGAGUCUUCGAUUUUCCCCUCCAAGUAAUGGAUCAUCUGGUGAUAUCUUAUUCAAGUCUUUUUAUCUGUCAUAUUAAAGUAAGAGAUGAAACCUGCUUUGUUUGGUGAGUGAAGUGUGGUUGUUGAAGUGUAAGCAGAUUGAUGUUAGCCAAACACAUAGAAACAGUGAUUUUCAUUUAAGAAAAAGUUAGGUGACAGACUUAUAACUGGACCACCAAACUUUGAUUUCAGGUUGAGUCUUCAGUCUUCCAAGUUCAAGCCACCAGAGAAGAAUCUGAGCUGAGUCCCUAUUAUCUGACUAUUAGUCUGAAUUGAGCUCUCAUUAUUAUUAUUAAUAACAAUAUUAGUAUCAUUAUUUAUCAUUAAAGGUCCUGAUGUUUCACCCCAAUUUAUUCUCUGUGUCAACCAAGACAACCUGGACCUUUUUUUAAUAAUGAAAAGACAUUUAUUCAUUUACAUUAGAUUCAGACUGAUCCUGCUUUUGUGUCCUGGAAAUUGAAAUUGUUGUUUUGCAUGUAGAUACCCACUAUUCUUCUCUUAGUUGGAGAUGUACUUAUUGGUUGCACUGAGGUGUGAUCACUGCGGCCCACCCACUAUGAAUCCGAAUUUUUACCGACUCAACUGUUGGACCUAGUGCUUGAAUCACUUUACAGUUGCUAACAUAGGCUGUGUCUCAUUUCAGAGACCGUAUCGGGAGAAGCGCGCUUAGCUGAGUGCACUGCUGUUUUGUGCCGUUAUGUGCCGUUUUGCGCCGUUAUGUACCCUUCCUGUGUCCCAUUUCAGAGACCGCAACCGUCGAACGGCGCAUUUGAAGCGUGCGUGAGGUCAUCACGCGGCACGAACGGUGUCCCGUUUGGCACAAAAUACUAAGCGCGCUUCAAAUUCGGUCUCAAAACCACACUACCCCCGGCCCUUUUUCAAGCUUGCAUGUAUGCACUAAGGGUGUGGAAAAUAAUCUAAAUUAAUCGAUGCAUCGAUGCGCAUGUGAAUGCACCAUCAUUAUUUCGCGUUUUGUAUUGAAUACGGACGGAAGCCGUGAGGGACAUACAAUGCACUACUAGUAAAACAGCAUGGACCACGUUCAAGUGAGCAGCAGCGAGGAAGAGUUUAUAUGUAAUGCACCCGCUACGUUUAAAUCAUAUGUUUGGAAACACUACGGAUUUGCAAAGAAAGACGGAAAGCUCGACAAAACGUCCGUUAUUUGCAAAGAAUGCCGCGUUAAGAAGCCGUACAAUGGCAGCACGACAAACAUGCAGACCCACUUAAAAAGAGUACACCACAUCACCGACAAGUCUAACGCCACCUCCCCUCCCUUAACAUUGAUUGCACUGUUGAAAGUGUCACUUUAGGUUACUCAUUGAGAGUGUUUUGUUGUUGCUGUUUACUGUACUUUUUACAGCAGUAAUUAUUGUGUAAUUGUUUUACUCUUUUAUUAUUGCAGAACUCACUCAAAGCACUGAUUUUCAGUGACCAGUUAGAAAGUCAACUCUAGCACAUUGGUUUGGCAGACAGUAGUAUGGCCAUUGAAUGGUUUAUUUGCACCAUGUUAGGCAGUGCAUUAGUUGUUUAAUAAUGUGUACUGUAAUAUUACCCAACAAGUAUAGAGCACUUGUGUGAUGUAGGGUUGGGAUUGGAAUCCUUUUUUAUUUUUUAUUUUUUUUUAUUUUAUUGAUUCAGAUUCCUUAACAGUUGCAGGAGGUCUGUCUAAUCUGUGUAACUGUACAAAAUGGAACCCAAAGGAGCAUAGAAAAAAGACAAAAAGCACUUUUGUUGAAUUUACUGCCAAGUGCCUUUAAGGAAUAAGGCCAAAUCAUUUUUGUAGUACCAUACUGAAUUCCAUCUUUUGUUUUAUUUUAUUUUUUUCUUUGCUUAUUUGCAUCAUGUUGAAUUGCAUCAUAUCGCAACAAAUUGCAUCAUAUCGGAUCGGAUCGCAUUGAUUUGAACUAAAUGAUUAUCGUAUCGCAUCAUGAAGAGGGUGAAUCGUAUCGCAUCGUAUCGCCAGAAAAUUCCAUGUAUCGUUAAAGUAUCGUAUCGCUGGCAGUGCAUCGAGAUGCGUAUCAAAUCGUCCUCAGUGCUGAGAUUCACACCCCUAGUAUGCACGCUUUCGUGCCGUUGGUAUCCCAGAAUUCUUUGCGUGCCGCUGCACAGCUUUGCAUUUCAGGUGAGAGGCUGGACUCGCUUGGAGACACAGCGCGUCUUCAAAGAUAAUACAAGAAAUCCAAAACCAACAGACAGUCAGCUCAGGCUGUAUGAGAGCAUGAUCUCUGAACUCACUAAAAUCUGCAAACCAAACAUUAUAGAUUUCGAGACAACUGAUCCGCUCUGCUUCAACUAUCAAAAACAUUAGAAAUAAGAAAGCUGACAAAACUACAGCAGAGGAUCAGGACAACAUUGAGUUUUUUUUUGCUUUUAAGAUUUAGAGAUUAAAGUUGUAAAUUUAGGAGAAUAAAGUCAUAAAGUAAAUAAAGUCAUAAAGCUGCUUUUGUGGAGGGGGAAAUGACUGAAGCUGGUCAUCUGCAGGGUUAUCUGUGGAUGUAUCAGCGGGUCAUUCAGAGAGAUUUUGUGGUUUCUGAAGAAACAAUCAAACUGAUGAUGAUCAACAUUUGUGAUCCAGAGGGAGUCGAGCUCCGAGGAGCAUCACGUCUCUGACACCGGCGGUAGCCUACACCUGCAGAGACACCAACACCUUAUUAUGGCAUAUGGAUUCAUAUCAUAAACUAAAGCUCAAUGUCAUUCACGGAUAUUUACGGCUGCAUAAACGGAUAUAUCCUCAGCAUAUUCAUUUCUGCCUCCACAAAAGCAGCGAUUUCCUUCAAGUACAGCAGUUUUUUUUCCCCGUGGAAAAGAGGUAUUUCUCAUAUAUUCUUUUUUUAAGUCUUUAUAUUUUUGACAAUGUGAUGCUGAUGUGCCAGAUAAUGAAGUAUCUCCUUGUUUGUGAAACCUAUACUGAAGCACAGUUUCUUCAAAUGCUUCAUGGCCCUAAUUUUAACAAGUCUCUCUGAAAUAACAGGAAACUUUAAAACUUUAUUCCCAUAAAUUAAUGACUUUAUUCUCGUAAAAUCACGACUUAAAUCUCGAAGUCUUUAAAGUCUUCUAUCUCAAUAUGGCCCUCAUACUCCUUCAUACAAAACAAUCAUUGGAUGAAUUGUGCUUGUAUGUAUCUACUAUUUUGUGUCUGUGCAAGGUCGCACAAUUAAAAAAUAAAUGCUGCGCUCUGCGGGUUUUCUUUAAGUCAGUCGUGACGUGAGCCUGAGGGCGGGGACAUUUGGCGACUCCACCAGGAAGUCCUCCGAAAGUCUCCAAAUGUCUCCGCCCUCAGGCUUACAUCACGACUGACUAGAAAAAAAGCUGCGGAGCACAGUAUGUAUUGUUUUAAUUGUGCAACCUUGCACAGACACAAAAUAGUAGAUGUAUACAAGCACAGAUCAUUCCCACAAAAUUAAUCUAAUGAUUGUUUUGUAUGAAGGAGUAUGAGGGCCCUAUUGAGAAUUUUUUUUAAAGACUUUGAGAUUUAAGUCGUGAAUUUACGAGAAUAAAGUCAUUAAUUUAUGAGAAUGAAGUCGUAACCUGUUAUUUCAGAGGAGACUUUGUUAAAAUUAGGGCCAUGAAACAUUUAAAGGAACAGUGCUUCAGUAUAGGUUUCACAAACAAGGAGAUACUUCAUUAUAAGUAUAAAGACUUAAAAAAGAAUAUAUGAGAAAUACCUCUUUUCCACGGGGAAAAAAACUGGUGUACUUGAAGGAUAUCGCUGCUUUUGUGGAGGCAGAAAUGAAUAUGCUGAGGAUAUAUCUGUCAAUGCAGCCGUAAAUAUCUGUGAAUGGCAUUGAGCUUUAGUUUAUGAUAUGAAUCCAUAUGCCAUAAUAAGGUGUUGGUGUCUCUGCAGGUGUAGGCUACCGCCGGUGUCAGAGACGUGAUGCUCCUCGGAGCUCGACUCCCUCUGGAUCACAAAUGUUGAUCAUCAUCAGUUUGAUUGUUUCUUCAGAAACCACAAAAUUUCUCUGAAUGACCCGCUUAUACAUCCACAGAUAACCCUGCAGAUGACCAGCUUCAGUCAUUUCCCCCUCCACAAAAGCAGCUUUAUGACUUUAUUUACUUUAUGACUUUAUUCUCCUAAAUUUACAACUUUAAUCUCUAAAUCUUAAAAGCAAAAAAAAACUCAAUGUUGUCCUGAUCCUCUGCUGUAGUUUUGUCAGCUUUCUUAUUUCUAAUGUUUUUGAUUGUUGAACCAGAGCGGAUCAGUUCGUCUCUAAAUACUAUAAUGUUUGGUUUACAGAUUUUAGUGAGUUCAGAGAUCAUGCUCUCAUACAGCCUGAGCUGACUGUCUGCUGUUUUUGGAUUUCUUGUAUUUUCUUUGAAGACGCGCUGUGUCUCCAAGCGAGUCCAGCCUCUCACCUGAAAUGCGCAGCUGUGCAGCGGCACGCAAAGAAUUCUGGGAUACCGACGGCACGAAAGCGUGCAUAAAUGCAAGCUUGAAAAAAUGCUAAGUACGCUUAGCAUUUCUUAGCAUCUCGUGCCAAAUGGGACACCGUUCGUGCCGUCGUGACGUCAUGCACGCUUCAAAUGCACCGUUCGACGGUGCAGAAGUGCACUUAGCCCGAUGCGGUCUCUGAAAUGAGACACAGCCAUAGUUGCGGGCCUGUCAACACUCCCAAAAUCAACCGGGGCGGUUAUUUUCAUCUUACUUACUUCUCUGAGUCCAUCUGCACAGAUGUCUGUUUCAGUGGGAGGCUGUUCCGGUCUUCCCCUCAAUGGUUCUUAUACAGUUUGCACAUGUUCCUGCACUUGAGUUUGCUGUAAAAUCUUUGAAAGCAAAGAUUGCAUGAACAUGCAGGCUGGUCAACACAGUGUUAGUCCCUGUUCUGCUCUGAACUGAAUGAGUUAUACUGGCAUUAUCUAGAAAAUAAGCCAAAAAGAAAAAAAGAAAAUCGAUUAUCAGUUAAUUAGUUUCAGCCCUCUUCUCCCUCAUCAGAGUCCUGGUGCGGACAAAGUCUGAGUACAAGUGUAAGUCAUCAGUGUGGGAGUCCAAAUUGAGUCAUGAGUCCUCAAUCAGGACUUGAAUUGGACUCUUAAGGUCUAUGUGCACAGUUGUUGCAUACAUGUUGGGAUGUAUUUUACAGCACACAGCAGAUCAUAGCAGAUCACAGAUCACAGCAGAUCAAACAGAUCAUUUGUUAGGUUGUAAACAAAGCCAGAAUGCGCACAUUUGACCAAGUUUGCUUUAAAUUCUGUUCCGUUUGCCUUCCCAUGCAUCCUCCCCAUGAAUCUGUAUGCAGUCACACCGCUUUAAACAUUUGCAUUACAUUCAGUCAUAACACACCUUUGGACUCAUAGAGAGUUAGAGGAGUUUUGGGUAAAAACACUUGUGAAAGAGUGAGAAAGACACAGGUAGAGAAAAAAAUGGAGAAGAAGGUUAGUUGAACCUGACAGUGACAGAGGGCGUGCCAGUAAAACCCAUCCCCCCUGAGCAGUGUACACUGACUGGAACCUAUUACCACAUCCUCUUUAGAUGUACAUUGUAACCUCAUCAUGGACUGAUGAAAUCCAUUUUGCCCUCUUUUUAGUUUAACAAACAUCUCUGUAGAGUUGUGCUGCCACGUUAUCCUGCGAGCCAUGCCCUGAAGAACAAGCUUUUGACAUUAACAUUGUCGGGACACUCUGGGGAGAAGGCUGUAAUCUAGAACUAAAGCUUGAAACAGCUCCCCUUGACACAGCCAUGACUUUGCCAGGGAAGAGAGCAGAAAACAUUCUGUUGCAUACAAAUGCUGUUAUGUCUGCCGGAGAGUUUGCCUGACGUAAGAAAAAAACUUUUACUCUUGUAAAUAAGUAAAAGUCUCUGUACUUUGUUCAUUAUGUACUUUGUUAGGUUCAUUAUGUAACCUAAUUAUGGAAAAGCACUUGAAUGUUUUGGCCUCUGUGUCUCUGCAAGUCACGAGUCGUCUCCCUCCGUUUGCUCUCUCAAGAAAAACAAGUGCAUUUGAGGAAUCAUUAUGAAAGGGCUAAAGCUCUGAGCAAACCUCAACCCACUCCAAUCUCAUUUUGUCUGUCUGCCCAACUCAUUUGGCCAGUGACGGCCCGCCAUAUCUUCUCUGACAAUCAUUUUUUCCAAUUGGGUCAGGCAAAUAAUUGCUCAUCACUGUGCGUUAAUGCUGUUUACCACUCUGUCUGUCAGUACUUGGGGCGGCCAUAGACUCCUGAGAUUAGAGGGCAGCAUCUAGACAAACAGAAGAUCAUAGAAGUGUGUGUGGGUACGUGUCAGCCCCAAUGCAAGUGUCCACUUCAUAAGGCAAAUGAGAACAAACAAAAUCAGGCACCUCUUUGCCUUUGAAUGGAUUUUUCACAUCUAAACACACCCAUUCUUUCAUCACCUCUGUCCUCUCUGUCAAAAAAGUCUCUGAGAUCUAAUUCCUUUUUUGUAGGUCUCACAUGUGACUGUAAUACGCCAUCACUCAGUGAGUGCGUAUUGGCUUUGUUGACCCACAUAGGAGUGACAUUCAGCAAGCAAGUGAGCAAGAAAGGUGGAGGAAGAUGAGGAGGGUCAAUGAUUGCUUGGGGACAAGGUGGAGAGUCACAGAGAACUAUAUUUAGAGGUAGAAUUCUGCCAGUUUCUUUCUUCUUGUCUCACUAUUUGCUGUGUUCUCCUCUACUGAAGGGCAGACUGUGUUGGAGUCUGCAGCCGGAGAUGGAGAACCCUCUUAACAAGCCUGGCCCGGAGGUCACUAAAUAAACCACCCUCAUCGCUCUCCCCCUCUGUCUCUGAUCCAGUGCUGACCAGGCCACACACACAAACACACUAAUGGUGAGGCUUGAGCUUCAUUCUGGCUGUAUCUGUAGUCUGUGACUAAGACAUAUGAGUGUGCACCAGAGAGCUCACUCAAUCAUGGCUAAUGAGGUCAAAAGGCCAUCAAAUAUUUACAAGAGCACACUCCACAGUAUACAGUACACAGGGACAGCUGUUUUAACACUGCUCCCACAGCCCCAUAUCCUUUUGAAUAAUCACAUGUAUGUUGGGGCUAUUAAAAAAUAUAGUAAAAAGAGUAAAAUAUCUAAUCCUAAACUUCUUUCUCCUUUUUAAUUGUGGUCAAAUUGCCUUAUGGAUUAAAAAAGCAGUUUAUGUGUUUAUGUGGGUGACUGAACAGAAAAGACAUAAAAGCUCCUGUAAAUAAGACUUCAGUAGUGGUAUUACUGAUGAGACUUAAUAAAGAGAGGUGAGGCUUUGAAGGCUCAAGGGAGCUGAUAGAAAGAGAGGUGUUUUUCUCUUUAAAAGCCUGCAUCAUAUGCGGCCCUGAAAUAGAGCUGUGAUGAUGCCAGUGCUGCACACUGCAUACUUGAAACCACCCACGCAGGAUGUUCAGGGCAGUUUUGAAUUAAGCAGAACUGUCGGUAGCUGUUAAAUGUGGCAACAGCUUAAAAGAUUAAUUUGGCCAGUGUGAUUGAUAAACCAGAGGGAACAAGAGGAGUAAACUGUGCAAGAGCAGUGGGCAGUGAGCAGAGUUUUACUACCUGCUUUGAAUGAAUACUAGGCUAUUCACUCAAAGGUAUUAAUUGAUCAGACUUGUACUAAAAAGCAAAAACUGGGAUGGGAAACACAAGGUUUAACCCUGGUUUUCAGGUUUAUGACUGAGUUUCACCAACCAGGAUACAAAGCACACCAGCCCCUUAAGAGAUCAGCCCGAAUAUAAAGCACUGUAGGCUAACCAAUCAUUACUCUCAGUCCAGGAGCUUUGUAUGGGCAGAAACAAACAAACAAACAAACAAACAAACAAACCAACGCUACCAAAAACAUAACCUCAUUGGCGGAGGUAAUAAAACAUUUGAAAAAGGCACAACACUCAGCACUAACAAUUGCCAUACAAAGUGUUUCAGGAAUUUUAUAAAAAGUUAGUGACAAAAGAUCUUUGUGUGGCAUGGGCUCUUAUUACCUCUGCCAAGGAGGUUAUGUUUUUGGUAGCGUUGGUUUGUUUGUUUGUUUGUUAGCAACUUUACGGCGAAAGUAACAGACGGAUUGACCUGGAAUUUUCACCAGAGGUGUGUCUCAGCCCCAGGAGGAUCCCAUUAAAUUUUGGUGGUGAUCCGGAUCACCUUCUGGACCCAGAAAUUUUUUGAAGGAUUCUUUAUCAUUGUGAGAUAGGGCAAAUUUUGGAAUUUUUGCAUUUAACUCUAUAAAAAUGGCCAGAGUCUUUAGUAAAAAAUUACACAAAAGGAUCUCAAUGAGUUUUAUGAGGUGUCAAAGGUUGAUCCUGAUCCAGCCAAAAUUCCGGAUACUGUGAUCCAGAACACACAAAAAUAAGGGUGUCGUUGGAAUUUUCAAUGCUGAAAGAUAACCAAUGCUACCGAAAACAUAACCUCCUUAAUAAAAAGACACAUAACAGUAAAAGUUUUGGUGUGAAUCACAAUAUAAGUGGGGACAUUAGCUGCUUGGCGGAGGUCUGCGCUCUCCGAGUGCUUUUCUAGUUUGGUUGUAAAACACAUAUUUUUAUGAUAGGGGAGAUAUGUGCAGUUGAUAACCUCUAAAUCUUCUACGAGCAGCAGAUAAUACAGGAAAAUAUCCAUUUUAGCAACAGUCUUUUGCUUGUUCUCCUCCUAAAUCUCCUUUUUUUUUCUCCUUAAGUCUUCCUAUGCUGCUUUGUGUUUUAGCAUCAGCCACUCCUCCUCACACAUAGAGCUGUAACACGUUCUGACUGCCACUACCCAUCCCCGUAAAACCCCAACAGGUACUCCCAACAAGCUACUUAGUGGACUCAACCAUCGAGCUGAAAUAAUGUGAUGUGGACGGUUGCAUGCCUGCGGGUUCAUGCCAUGCUACCUCAGGCCUGAGUAGAAUGCACUGCUGUAGGACAAGUGAGCCCUACACACACACACACACAGAGGAAGCCACCAGCUGACAAUGCCUGUGGCUCUCACUUGCAGACAAAUCGCCUGCUGAUGUUGUGUGCGAGGCAUCAGCAGUUUGCCCAGUGCAGUUCCAUCCAAGAUUCAUGUGGUGCUACAGAAAGAAAGGGCAGCCAAAGAGCACCUCCCAGAGGUUUUUUUUUCUGCCCAUGUAAUGCAGUGCAACAUCUCUGUGAUGCACAAGGGUACUGUAGGCUCUUCUGACACCCUUGGCCUCUUUCCUAGCAUGCAAAAACAGUUUCUUUUUAUUUUUAAACAUGUUUUAACCUUAAAACAAUAAAAAUUAACCAGGUGCUUUAUCCUUGACAAUCAGAAUGAGGUGCAGUGAUAGAGGAGGGCUCUGUCAUGAGGGGUUUGUAGUACUAUUCCUAGGUUUCAUAGAGGCUCCUACAAUACAGAGAGCAAAGGAACCCAGGGAUUCAACUUUUCCAUCACAGUUGUGUUACUGUCAGAAGAAUGGUGUGGUGUCGCCUUCAAGUUGACUCUCAUCAUUAUGAUGAAACAUUAGCAGUAUCUCUGAAAGCAGCACUAACUCACAUAAUUCAGGCUUCAUGUUUCUCCAAACUAAUGUACCUUUGAAGGAAUAAUUGUUUUCUUACCUGUUCAGGGGAAUACUGACAACCAGUUUCCCAUCUUUGUGAGGCAACCAUAGUUGCCAAGUUUGCUCAUUAUAAGCGACUUUGGGCUUGUUUUAUCUCAGAAGUUGCUUGUAAAACUAGUGAGUCAUGGGUUGCAGUUUUUUGGGUUUGAGCCUGGUGACUUUUUCUGGAGUUUGGAGACUCUGACAUGAAAGCAGGUAUUGAUGUUACUCUUCUCAACAGGUGUCGGGUGUGCAUCAUAAACACACACACACAUGCAGACACCCCUAGGAAGACUCCUCCUCCCUCGGGGGGUAUUUAAUUUAUUUGAAGAACUUAAGUUAUCGAAAUUUUUUAUGUUAACUGUGUUUGUUAGAAUUUUGCUGUUGCUUAUGAAUAAUAAAAUAAUAAUUGUAAAUUUUUUACCAUUAAUCAGCGGUCCAUGUUUUACACAAUGUGGCAGGUUGCCUGUUGGGCUUAUGUUGGGCUUGUUUUCAUAGAGCUGGUUGCUCAGGAGAUCUGGCAACACUGGAGGCAACACCUACAGCUUAGUAAGAGGCUGUUUUUUCAGCCUCUCCCGCUCUCCAAUUGUGGCUUCAGGUUUUUUCUUGUAUUUUUUUAAAUAGAAAUUCGGAUGUACUAGGAUUUGCAUUCCUGUGACGCAUGUUAAGUAUGAUUCUCCAUCUGCCAGGUUUUCACAAUCAAACACUUUAUCAAUACAAAUUCAUUUACACAGAACAAUUAAUCUCACUGUCUUCUCUGUUUUUCUACAUGUGUUUCAAAGAACCACUUUGUAAUUUAGAAAACAUGUUUGUCCAAACUUUGUACUAGUUUGUCCAUUCUGAGCUGCUGUUGUAAACAUAGCGGUGUGACAUGGCAGCCUCUGGAAGGCGGUCCUGCUGCUUUGAUAAUAUAAAGGCUUUUUCUGAGUCAUCUAAAUGCCUUAAUUUACAUGGUACAGUAACUUGUUCUGUAGGUUAAAAAAUUUCAGUCAAAAGAUUUUUGAUUUUUAUUCCUUGUAUUGCGAGUAAAAGUGAGAAACUUGAGGAAGGAUGGACAUGACUUUCAUGGAGAGCCAGAAACCAGCUGCUUUUCUUCACACACACACACACACACAUACACACACAUUUGUCUUCAACAAUUUCAGGAGUCUGCCACCUAAGCCUGUUUCUGUUUCCUUGUUAGAUAAGGAGCAAAAAAACCUCCAAAUGAUUGCCGAUGGAGAUUGAGAAGUUGAGAGAGCGAGCUGUAUGUGGGGGCGAACUGGCCUGUCAAAGACAUAAAGGAUGAGGCAGGGAGGAAAAAGACUGAGUUAGGAGCACAGAGAAAGAGACGGAGUGGGAUAAAAUAGAGGCACGUGGGGCAGAUGAGAAAUGGGGAUGCCAGGCAAGUGGCAGAGCAGCAGAGGAAGACAGUGAUGUAGUGGUAGAGGGUGGAAGGAGAGAAGAACAGAGGAGAAAUAAUGGAUGAGAACAAUAGAAAUGCAUUAGAGCAGGAGGUGGAAUGUGUGUGUCUGUGUGGAGGGGAGCUUUGCAUGAAAACCUCGGAAUGGGAAUGACAGAUGCCUACACCUGUAUGUACAGCUACUUAUUUCAUGUUUAAGCAUAAGCUGGCAUGAUCCAGUUUCAAUGUCCCUUUUUUUGAACAGCUCAAGCCUUCAGCAAAAAAGCAGACACUCUUAAACGAUCAUAACAAUUGUCCUUUAGCAUAUGCUUUUGUGAAAUCAGCAGAGCUCUAACAGCCUGGUGUUGGAAAGAAAACAUUCAAAGUCAGCCAGGCAGCACCCACAGAACAUUUCCAUUCAAGUAAACAAACCAUCUGAGUGAUUCUGGGGAGAUAUUUCUAAUCAAGAGUUUAAUCAGCUGAACUCUAAACAAUGCUUGGAAACAAAACCUUCAUCCACUCAUCUCCCUCUGCAACUUUUCUUCACGCUGUGGCCUUCUGUGCAUGCAGGUUCACACAGUCACACACCCACACACUCUCAUGUGGCCCUUGGAGAAGCCUGUCACUGUGAGCGGCCCUCUGCCAUUGGAGGAUAAACUACCUGUCAUGCCGACGACUUUCUGUGGAAUUCGUACCAGAGGCAAAACAAAGGAGGUGCUGAGGUCACGGGGCAUCACUCUUAAAUUAUUCAUCCUCUGCAUCCUCCUUCUGAAUCUUCCUUGCCUGUCGCCUACUUUGUUCUGCCAUCUUGCAACAAGGGCACCUGUCAUAGUCUUUUCCAUUUGAAAUUUUUGGGUAUGUAUUGUAAAUAAACAUUGUGAAAAACUCCUGCAGAAAAGGGUCUGACUGACUUCUCAGUAGGGCAUAUUUAGAGUUUACUCCAGUUUGGGAAGGGCAGGGACCAUCCCCCACUUCUGAAGGUCAUAGCAUCAUGAAUUUUUUAAACUGCUUUGCCUCCCACUUGUUGUUAGGUUGGCUUGCGUGCAUAAUUGAUCAGCAUCCUGGCAGCUACUUGUUCUCCCAGGAUGUCCCUAUGAUUAUGGCUGAAAGAUUAAAAAAGUUUCCAGGUAAUUUAUAAACUUAACUCUUCCCUUUUUUCCUGAUUCCAGACACAGUUAUCCACUCUGGGUUUGACUGAUACCUGGGACCAGAAGUCGGCUGAUUUCUCUGGAAUGUCACAGAAAAGCAAGGGGAAGCUGUACUUGGGUGAAGUCCUACAGUGGGCUUCUCUUGAGCUGACUGCUCAAGCUGGAGAAGGAGCAGCAGAGCUUGAGGAGGAACACAUAGAGAAGCCCAAACUGUUCUAUGCUGAUCACCUCUUCAUUAUCUUUGUGAGAGACAACUCUUCUGGAGCUCUGCUGCUGGUGGGAGCUCUGGACCAUGCAGAAGGGAAGGCCCUCCAUAAUGAACUCUGA